CCACAUCAGGCAACAGCGUGGCCCCACAACUUCCAUCAUGAUACACUAGAGAAUCUGAAUACUGGACAUGCUCGACGCAGACAGUGACCGCCAUGUCUCAGCAAGUUCUGGCCAAUGUGGCGACAUCUCAGGCAAGGGCCUUCGGGCAUUACAAUAAUGGCAUCUGCUUCAAGAAUGUCUGGAGCGUGGAAGAUGCGAGAUUUGAGCAAUGUUUCAUACCGGUUGUAGCGGCCGUGCCUGUUAUUGUCGCGGCCGUGAUACUGCUUGGACAGAUUCUGAAGCUGGUCUUCACGUCCUACGGUUUCCAGCGACCAAGAUGGCUGAGUCCAUUUGUCGAAGAAAGUGCUGCGCCGGAGAUAGAGACAGAAUUCGUAAAGGGACGGCAAUGGACUUGGGCCUCAACUACGCUUUUGAGCCUGAGUGUCGCUGGCCUGGCCGUCCAUCUAGCGGAUGCAGUGGCGGUGCUGCUGCGUAGCGGAUCACGAUUCGACAACAGCAACGCUCCGCUUGCUGCACUUCAAGCUCUGCCAUGGGUGAUCGCAGUUCUUCAAAUCUGUGUGUUCCGGCCUCGAGCAGUACCUUUCGCGGUCUUCACGAUACUGACAACCAACCUCAUCUCGGAAUCGAUCUUGCUUGAGAACGCCCUGAGAACAAACGAUCGCGCACCAUUCCUGGCCUCUGGAGUCGCAGUUAACGCCCUCGCAUUCGUGGUCCUCGUACUUAUGCCAUUCCGAGAUCCGCUUCUUCCAUCGAAGGACAUCAGCCAGCCAUUUACAUCGCCGACGUCAACUCUGCGCAGCGCGGAAGAGAAGCUCAACAUCUGGCUAUUCGCGACGGUGAGAUGGCUAGCACCCAUGCUAGAUGUCGGCGGCAAACGCCAAAUGGAACAAGAAGAUGUGUGGAGUCUGCCUUACGAGUUUCAGCACGCCCGUCUGCACGAGAGCUUCAGGCUUCUGCAAGGCACGGUCAUCCGCCGCCUACUGACUGCGAACGGCAUAGACCUCAUUAUUGUUUCUGUCCUUGGCUUUGUCGAUCAGUCUCUGGACUAUGCGAACCCGUUCUUCCUGCAAUUGAUCCUGAGCUCAAUGCAACAUCCAGAACGUCCGAAGCGAGUGGCGUUGACAUACGCCGGCUUAUCCUUGGUGGCUAGAUUGCUUUCUGCGCAAUUCGAUGUUUUGCGUUUGUGGUACGGCCGGAGAUGCUACGAAAGGUCGCGUGGCGAAAUGAUCACUAUGCUAUAUGAGAAGACGCUGGGAAGAAAGAUGGCAUUCAAACCGGAGGAGAAGAAGGAAUCGCUGCAAAAUGGCACAAGGAACGGGCAUGCAAAUGAUGAGAUAACGCCAAAGCCCAGAGGAAGGUGGUGGGACAAUCUCAUGAAGCCGCUUCGCAGUCUGCUUCAGAAGAAGAAGGCGCCGCCGCCAGUGAAGGAGCCUGCAUCAAUGGGCAGGAUCCUUAAUCUCAUGCGCAAUGAUGUCUACGAAGUGGCUCAACGAUUCUGGGAAUUCGACAUGCUUCUUCGAAAGCCCGUGGCGAUCAUUCUUUCUGUCACCCUUGUGGUCAAUUAUUUGGGCUGGGCAUCAAUGAUGGCCGUUGGUCUGGUAAUUCUGGCACAAGUCAUGAACGCCCUCCUUGCUCGUAUCUUGGUGCAUUAUGAAAAGAAACGCCGUUUUGCGACAGACGCGAAACUGCAGAUUGUGUCUCAAUUCGUCGAGGCCAUCAGGCACUUGCGAUGGUACGGAUGGCAAGACACUUGGCUUGACCAGGCUUUGACUGCACGACAUAAGGAGCUCAUGUUGCGCGUCACUGCCAAUGCUUGGAAUGUGCUCAUCAGCUUUGUGAACACCCUGUCAUACGAUCUGGUACCCGUUGUCGCCUUCUUCACGUAUACGGUCAUUGCGGGCAAGCCUCUGACAGUGGAUAUCGCGUUUCCCUCCAUCCAGCUCUUCAGCAUGAUGACCAGCCAGCUGCGCGAUCUUCCUGGCCUGAUCGUUGCACUUAUCAAUGCCUGGGUUGCAGUGCAGCGUAUUGAGGAUUUCAUGGCAGAGCCAGACUUGCAGGAGAUGGCAACAGAAGCACUAAUUGGAGAUCAGCUGGCGUUGGAUCAUGCGUCCUUUGCGUGGCCGGGUGCUACUGAAGCAGUGCUCAAAGCGAUCAACAUUUCAUUUCCCGAAGGCAUGACAGUCGUCUUUGGAGAGGUAGCUUCUGGCAAGACAGCUCUUCUACAAGCACUCCUAGGCGAGCUAGACCUGCACGAAGGUCAGCUUAUCCGUCCACCAGAGCCCAUCGGAUACUGCGCUCAGACUCCGUGGCUACAAAGCAUGAGUAUACGAGAUAACAUUCUUUUCUCCGCACCAUAUGAAGAUGACCGGUACCGAGCUGUGCUUGACGCUUGUGCUCUGACUCCUGACCUCGCAGAGUUCAAGGCUGGAGAUUUGUCGGUGAUUGGAGAAAACGGUAUAGGUCUGUCUGGAGGGCAAAGGGCUAGAGUCGCACUUGCCAGAGCGAUCUACAGCAAAACCAAGAUCUUGCUGCUGGACGAUCCACUCGCAGCACUGGAUCAGCAGACGGCGGAAUCGAUCGUACGGCAGUGCUUCAAUGGACCGCUGGUUAAGGGACGCACAAUCGUGCUUGUCACACACCGCACAGAUCUCGUUCUCGGCAUUGCAGAUCAGCUCCUGAAAAUUGAGCAUGGAAAAGCAUCAGUAAUGGAUCACGAUGCAGCCGAGUUCACACAGCCUGCCACGUACGAGGAGCAAGGCGAUUUGACAGAGGAACAAGAGCGAGCGAGAAAGGCCACCGAAGCCGCCAUCCCUGAAAAGUUCAUCGAAGAUGAGCAUCGGGAGCAUGGCGGCGUCAAAGCUUCUGUCUAUUGGGAGUACAUCAAGGCUGGGAAUCUCUGGCUGUGGGCACUAACUAUCUGCAUUCUCGCCACCUAUCGCUGCUUUGCACUGCUAGAAACAUGGUUCAUAAAGUCAUGGGCUGAAGCAUACGGCACUCAAGCUAAGGCGGAAAUGUUCGUGUACAGGGCAGACGUCGGAUACCAUACUUCUGGUGUUUUCGACGGCCUGCCGCCUCCGGAGACCAACAUCAAGCCCUGGCUGAUUGGCUUUGCACUACUUGCAAUUGGUCAGUCACUAUCGUACGUUGCUUCUCAAGCGUCGCUCAUGGUGAUCGUUUACGUUGCGGCCAAGAACAUGUUCCGCGAUGUCAUGCAGAAGGUCGCUUAUGCUACUUUCCGCUUUUACGACACAACGCCAGUCGGGCGACUGAUGAACCGAAUGACUUCUGAUAUCGGUGUGAUCGAUGGCGGGAUCAGUGUGCAGUUCUCUGCCAUCUCCUGGAUGCUCAUCAGCUGGAUCUCUUCCGUGGUGGUCAUCGCAUCGAUAACGCCGGCCUUCCUCGUCUUCACUUUGAUCUUGGCAGUCCUCUUCGUGCUCAUCUACCGGCGCUUCAUCCCCACCUCGCAAAAUCUGCGUCGCCUCGAGAUGGUGUCGUUGACCCCGCUCAUGUCGAACUUCGGAGAGCUUCUGAACGGCCUGGCCACUGUUCGCGCGUUUGCUGCACAGACACGAUUCCAAAAUCGCGUCAUUCUGGUUGUCGACACAUUCCAGAAGAUGGACCAUUUCUACUGGUCUACGCAAGCCUGGCUCAUGUACAGAUACGACAUAUUGACUUCCUUAGCAACAUUCAUGCUCUUUGUUCUUGCGCUCGCAACGGAUCUGUCCCCGGGCCUUACUGCAUUUGCUCUAUUGUCUGCGCAGCGGUUCGUCAUGACUACGAACGGGCUCUGCCGACAAUACGGCCAACUUCAGAUGGAAUUCGUGUCUGUCGAGCGAGUCGUCGAGCUGCUGCACCUGGAGCAGGAACCGAAGGGUUCUAUCAGCCCGCCAGCCUGGUGGCCAUCGUUCAAAGGCGAUAUCGUCUUCAAGGACGUGCUCAUCAAAUAUGCGCCGCAUCUGGACCCAGCUUUGGCAAGCAUAUCAUUUACCGUCAAAGGAGGGUCUAAAACUGCAAUCAUUGGACGCACAGGAUCGGGCAAGAGUACUCUGGCGCUUUCUCUGCUUGCUACCAUCCUACCCGAAGUUGGUCGAAUUUCCAUCGAUGAGAUCGACCUUGCUGAAGUCGAUAAGCAGCUACUUCGUACGCGGAUCACGUUCCUGGCGCAGGAUCCUGUUCUAUUCCCUGGGACGAUGCGUAUGAACCUCGACCCUGUCAACCAGCAUACCGACGAAGAAUGCGGACUCGUCCUGGAUCGCGUCUGCGCCAAGCAAGGUUGGAACCUCGACACGAAUAUCGAAGCUGGCGGCAAGAACCUCAGCCAAGGUCAGCGUCAACUGGUCGGUUUGGCCAGGGCUGUGCUUCGACGUAGCGCUAUCAUCAUUCUCGAUGAGGCUACUGCAUCGAUCGACCGCGACACUGCGAUGCAGAUUCAACAGGUCAUGCAUGAAGAGAUGAAGGAGUCUACUGUGAUUACAAUUGCCCAUCGCUUGGAGGCUGUGAGGAACGCGGACUAUUGCAUUGUGCUUGGGAAGGGCAAGAUCUUGGAGCAGGGUCCGGCGGAGGAAAUGUUGAGGGAGCAUAAGAAUGAUAUGAUCGACGAGAUAGACGAAAACCGUAAUGAAUAGAUCCCCUAGCAGAUAGAGGAACGCAUGCGUUGUAUUCUCAGACAAUUCUGAAACACUCUGCUGCUGCAACGAACGAG